CUCCACCGCCCGUAUUCUGCCAUCACCCACCGCCCUGUCAUGGGAGACACGCAACAUCAUCGCAUUCAUUCCGCCCUGUCGACUAUUCUUCCUGAGAAGAAGAGCGAAGUGAGCGUAAUUGCUCUCCUGCCUUUGUCGUUAGCUUUCUUGCUCACCCUGUUAAAUAGAUACUAAAGCUUUUGCCUCCGUCGACAUGGAGCAACAACCCCUUAAUCCUGAACCCCAGCAGGGGGAUCUCAACUGGCGCCUGAGUGCGCAUCCGAUUACGUUGCUUUGUUUCCUGGGCUUCCGCACCAGUGCCCUACUGAUGUACCUAUUCGGGGUGCUGUUUAUUAAGAAUUUUAUCUUGGUCUUCAUCAUCACCCUGCUUCUCCUCGCAGCGGACUUCUAUUACCUCAAAAACAUUGCCGGACGUCGCUUGGUUGGUCUCCGCUGGUGGAACGAAGUGAACACUGCGAGUGGUGACUCGCACUGGGUGUUCGAAUCCUCGGACCCAACAACUCGAAGGAUCGCGGCUACAGAUAAGAGAUUCUUCUGGCUUAGCUUGUAUGUGACGCCUGCGCUCUGGGUUGGAUUGGCGAUUUUGGCCAUCAUUAGACUGAGCAGUGUUAUUUGGCUGAGCUUGGUUGCCAUUGCCCUCGUCUUGACAAUCACCAAUACCCUUGCUUUCUCACGGUGCGAUCGCUUCAGCCAAGCGUCCACCUUUGCUAACAGGGCACUGUCUGGAGGAAUUGUGAACAACAUCGCGGGGGGUCUGCUGGGCAGACUCUUCAAGUAAGCAAGCAAGUCUUGAACUUUGUGCAUUGUAUGGCCGUCUUUCCUCCUUUUAUACAUCUGGAUGUAUUUUACAAAUCACGUGCGCGUUAUGUAUGCUCCUAAAAUUCAGGAGCCUCUCUCAUUAUGAAAAUGAAUGCAACAUGUUCUGUGUCUCACUUUGUUAUCCCUCGCUAUCUUAUAUCAUCAUUAGUCAUUUUGAGGGAUUUUUUUUUUUUUUUUCAAGUCUUGAGUUUGGUCUCAAAUCAUUGGUUCACGUUUCUCCCAAGGGUUUGACUCGUCUCAAACGCUGCGCAACCACAGUUAUUAGCACGAGUUAUGUCAAAGCUGACAUGAAUUGUGCACAAGAAAGGGUACUAAACUCGACAACCUAUUUAGCUUGAAGGACUCUUGCUAUUAGACUCAUUGCUAUAAGGCCCUCUUCCCAGGAAAGGAGCACAUACCUACAUCACAACAUCUAGUAACCCCUGAUAUUCGCAAUCUGAAAUUGCCUCCCCGACUUGAAAAC